UGUGUGUGUCCUAAGCAAUGGGCUCUUGCACUUACUUACCUAACUUUUUCUCUAGGUUUCCACCAUGCUCGCUUUCUUCUUUCACACAAUCUAGCUGUAGAUCACAGUAAAACUUGUAGAAAAGCAUUAAGGCAAAACUGCAGCCUAAACCCAUACAAACUUUGCCCUCAGGCUUUUAACCUUCCCUCACCAUAAAGACCCUUCCACUAGCUACCCUAACUCUUCUUGCUCGGCUCCUAUCAUAUAUCAUGGUCCCGUCUCUAGAAGAAAGAAUCUUUCUCUGGUGCUUUUAGAUGAGACAACACCAAGGUCAUGACCAAGGAUGGUCAUUAAUUGUUCCAUGGCACUUUCAGUAAGAGGGCAAGGAUGUCUUUAAUCUCUUUGUCCUAUUUCAACUGACAUAACUGCAUUCUGGCUAUAAAUAGUCCCCCUGCCAUUUCAGCCAUAUCAAGCGUUCAUAGGGUGACCAGACAGCAAGUGUGAAAAAUCAGGCCAGGGGUGUGUAUGUGUAAUAGGAGCCUAUAUUAGAAAAAGCCCCAAAUAUCGGGACUUCACUAUAAAAUCAGGACAUCUGGUCACCCUAAGCCUUCACCUUCACUGCUCGCCCUAAGUAGAAAUGUGAGGUUAUUGUAUGGUAGUGAAGCUGCCAUGUGCCACUAUAGAAGUAGCUGCAUCUCAACACUGGGUGAUCCAAUCUGCUCUCACACCUAAGGGUAAGAGGAUGGAGUCUUGACACAGGGAGGGGGGCUGAGGGCUUAGAAAGAGGAUUACAAAUGGGCACAGAGGACAAGCUUCAAACAAAGUAUUUAGUCCUGUCCUGAGCAGAUUGUCCCCGCCACCGGAGCGCUCUAUUACACGUUAGCAGCCCUUGUGCAAGGAGCUGGCCGUGCCAAUGAAGUACCCUGGCCGGCAGGGGCCAGGCGCGCCGAGCCUAGGGGAAUGGGCUGCGGCGGUGUGAUCAGCACGGCCAGCUGACUGCCAGCCGCGCUAGCUCCGCCUCUGAGCAGCCGCUGCAGCUGAAGCAGGAAACCGGGUCCGGAAGCAGAAAGACGCGAGGCGCAGGCGUGGAAGCGGCCGGGCUCUUCCCGGCGGGGUGAGGGCUGGAGAUGAGCUGCGAGCUGCUCACGCUAGACUGCCUCGUCCACGUCUUCUCCUACCUGGAGGCACCGGAUCUGCUCCGCGCCGCGCGGGUGAACCAGGCAUGGAACGAAGCCGCAGGCACAACUUCCCUAUGGCGAAGGCUGUGCCUAGAUCGAUGGACCUUUUGCAAUAUUUCCAACCUGACUCCAGGUAUGCAGACAUGGAAACAGUACUAUCUCCACCGCUCCAAACUUGAGCAUGAAAUGGCAUCAGGUCGGCCAUCAGCUGAUUAUAUAUGUUGCCCCAUGAGAGGGCAUAAAGGUAAAAUAGUUGGCAUGGCUUAUCUCUCAGACAACGAGCACGUGUUUGGUGGUGGAAAGCUGAGAUCUGUGGUUUGCACUGCAUCUACUGAUGGUACUAUCCGAGCAUGGCAGGUCCAAGAGGGUACACAGAUAUGGUCAAGUCCAUCCCAGGAAGUGCCAUUUAUAAAGGUUAUUACUGUCCCAGAGUACAAACUAGCAAUCAGCACAGACGCCCGUGGAACCAUCAAAGUCUGGCAUGGAGAAAGUGGGGAAGAGCUUGCUGCAUUCUCCACAUCAUCAUCCUCGUCCAGUUUGGUUACCUACUCAGUGAACAACAAGCCCUUCCUCACUGCAGCCACUGCAGGAGGUGUUAUCUAUACGCUAGAAGUUCCUAAUCUAAAUCAGGUUUCAUGUAUUACAGCAUUUCAAAACUCUAGCAUUGAUUUAUUACUUUGUUCACCAGACGAGCAAUGGCUAGUUGCUGGAUCUACUGAGAAUGCAGAUACAUCUUCAAAGAUAUUUUAUACAAAUUGCUUGAUUAACCCAGCAGAUGAAUCACCUGCAUCUGGUUCGCUGCCUGUCAACAAUUGUGCUGUAGGCUGCUGGUUACCAAAAGCACCAGCAAGAAUAGCAGUAAUGCACCAAGAUCACAUGUCAGUUCAAAGGAACAUCACAGUGUUUGAUCUAGCGGUCAAAAAGUCUAAAUAUAAAACGGAAGUUCUAGCUCAACAGGUUGCAAGUUUCACACUACCAGGAAGAACUUGGACCACACCAAUUCUCAUGAAAGGACAUGGAACAGAAACAAUUCUUCUAGGAUGUGGAUCAAAUUUGGAACUAUAUUCAAUUUUUGGGACUCAGUUAGAAGCUUUCCAGCAUCACAACAAUACAAUCACUUCGAUCUGGGUGGAUGCUUUUCGUGUUAUCACAUCAUCUUUGGAUCUCUCACUCCGUGUGUACACAUGGAAAAAAGUAAACGAAAUCUCUUCACUGACAAGUCGCUAUUACUUACUAGGGGGAACCCACAGAUGGUCAAGGGGCUUUACGGAUGUGGCGUGUGACAACAUCAGCAUCGUAGGUGUGGUGGCUGAAAGUGAUGGAACAAGUAUUUUAAGAGCAUAUUCCUUUAACCUGUAAACAGUUUUGGGUGUUUGCUUAGCAAAGCUUUCUUUUAAGUACAGGGCACUAUGUAGGGAAAACAUAACAUACUGCUAGUUCACCAUAAAGCCUUUAAGGAUGAACAAAGAGCUGUUCCCUUGGAGCACCCCCAUUUUAAUAGAAGAGAUGCUGAUGAGCACCAUGAAGCUAGGUCCCCUCAGUUGUGGGGGGUGAAGUAAAAGUCUGUAGUAGCCAUAAAAAAAUGCUACCACCUCCCUGGCAUAUAAACUUCAGUAUAUCAACCAAAAUGUUUACUAGAGGUCAUACCUAAGCUGUAUUUUAUCUAGUCUAAUUAUGGAAUUAAAAUAUUCCUUUAAAAAACACCCUUUAAUCUCAGUAAUGCCACCACUAUUUAUAUUAUAGCCUUUAGAAUGCAGUACCUCAAUAAGUAAGCCUCGAUUUCCAUUAUGAAAAUUGAGGUGCUCUUACCCUAAAUAAAAAGUCAUACAACAGUUUAAAAUUUAUUGGAUCUGCAACAAAAAGUACAAUUAGUCACAUGGAAAAUACUCAAAUUAAAAAAAUA